AUGGCCAAUACACAGGAGAACUCUUCUUCUCGUCGAAAAUUAGCAUUAAUCAUUGGCAACGACAACUACAGUGCCCUACACAAUAAAUUGAAUCAUUCUAUCAACAAUGCACAAGAUCUGAGUGAUGUGCUCAAGAAAAUCGAUUUCAAUGUGACAACAGCUUGCAAUUUAACGAAACAGGAGAUAAUCACGAACAUAAUUGAUUUUUCCGGCACAAUUAGUAAUGGCGAUAUAGUCCUAUUCUAUUUUUCUGGCCAUGGCUACGAAGUCAAGAAAAAAAAUUAUAUGAUACCUGUGGAUGAUGCUGUUAUAGAAACCGAAAGAGAUAUUCAAGACUUCUCAGUUAACAUUGAGCGAACACUUUCGCGAUUAGUAGCAAGAAAUUCUUCGUAUGUGACUAUACUCAUCUUGGACUGCUGUCAACCCUAUUGGCUACAACCUCCUACAACAUCAAGAUCUACUGCUCGCGGCAAAUCUUUGGAUGAAAUUCAACCACUUCCUGGAUCUUUCAUACAGUUCGCUUGUGUUGCUAAUCAAACGGUUGAUGACUCUGGAGAAAGAGAUCGUAAUUGCUUAUUUACCAAACAUUUACUUGAUAAUAUUGGUCGAAAAAAUGUGGAUGUCGCUGAUAUUUUUCUGGAUAUAUCCAAAAACGUAUACCAUGAAAGUAAUCGUUCACAGAAACCAUUGUCUAUGAACGGAUUAGAUCGAUAUGGUAGAGUCUUUCUCAAUGAAGUGAUUGAGCCUGAUAUAAAAGAUUUCCUGUCGAAACAACUUUUGCCACACGACGAAAAAGUCUAUUAUGACAGAUGUAAAGAAUAUUGUCAACUCACGAAACAACCAUUAAUAUCCGUUGGCGAUGAAAUUUUUGAUGACACUACCGAAGUAACAUCAUUAUUAUUAGUACUUGGCAUUGAAGAGGAUCCCAAUUUAUUCGAUUUAAAAGAUUUUUUGGCUCAAUUUUGUAGAAAAAUAAAUAUACCGGUAGUAGAUCUGCAAGUUCAACAAAUACAAAUAGGUUCAUGUAUAGUAAUAACAGAAAUUUGGAACAAGUUUAAAUCGAGUGAUAAAAAAGUACGUGUCAAAAUGAUAUGCAAGUCACUUACGCAAAAAUUAUUACAAAAACUUGGUCUAAUGAAAAUUUUCUUCAUAUUUAUGGGCACUAUAGAGUCACUAAAGCGACAGUUCAGUCGCACAGAAAUUAGAUUAAAUCCUGAAUAUGAUCGUAUAUAUGCUCCUGGUCAUACCUUUUGGGAAGGAGCCAAUAAUGAUAGAAAAGAUCGUGGUAAUCAACCUUAUUAUUGUCCUGUUGGAUGGAAAAGGUUUUCUUUGUAUGUUACUGAUAAUUUUUAUGGAAAAUUUAAAGGAUGGUGUAUAUGCUAUCAUGGUACAAAAUUUGCGUAUGGUUUAUCUAUUUUGCUGAGUGGAUUGAAACCGGCAACACGUAUUGCACACGGUGCUGGAGUAUAUGCUACACCAUCUGUUAAAUAUGCAUGCCAUCCAAGAUAUGCCGAAGUUAGGUUGAUUGAAGAACAACAUCGAAGUAAAAUUUUUAAAUCGGGUUCUUACAUGCAAUACGUAUUAGAGUGUCGUGUUCAUCCGGAUAAUAUUGAAAAAAUAGGAAAAGAAACAUUGAAUGCUCGUAGCACCGCUAUUGAUCCCAAUAUAAGCAAUGAAAGUAUUGAAUGGGUUAUUAAUCACCAAAAUAAAAAUAUUGUUGAUUUCAAUGAUCCAAAAUCUUCUAUUGUUUGCACAGGAAUACUGAUGCGAGUCACAGAUAAUCAUCCGGGUUUGUUGUUCGAAUCGCAAUGGUGGUUUCCAUCACACUUAUGUGAAAAACAAGAAUGCUGUGCCUUAGGCAUUGAUCUGUCUAAACUUGAAAGACAACGUAAUGAUGGGAAUACGUGCAACAUUAUCCUUGAAUAA